AUGCUCCGAGCCCGUCUCAACCGUGGCGUACCGGACGGGAAAAGGUUGAGCUGUCGCCGCGUGUGUCGUGAUAUGUCGACCACAUCCAAGGUGGUGCUCGGGAUCGCCGUGCUGCUCUCAAGCGGAACCGUCGUUGGCGUCCACAUCCAACAAAAGCGUCUCAGAGAGAGGCUACGUGAAGGAGUGUUCAGAGACCUUGAGAGACAGAAUCGUAAACAAGAAAAUCUUCGCCUUUUGGAAGAACAGAUUUCUUUGACCAAACAACUUGAAAUGGAAAGAAGCAAAAUGCCAUUAGAAAGAGAAUCUCAGUAG